AUGAACGUGCAAGAUGAUGAUGCUGCAUCUGAAGCUAGCUGGCUAAGGGAACAACUGUCACCCAAGCCGGCAGUGAUGAAGGUUGGUGAAGACAGUGAUUCCUCUCAGGAGGAGGAUGCAAGGUCAGAGGCAAGUUGGUAUGAGGCACCCUUCGUUGAUGAUCUUCCACCCCCAGAGACCGAAGAGGCUGUUGUAGGCGAUGAUGAGCCAGAUGUUGAAGGUGGAAUAGGGUUAGAUGUGGAUCCUUGGGAGGAUUCCGGGGGGUAUGCUGAUAUGACCGACGAGAAAUUCGAUGAGGCUUUGUCGGAGUUGCUAUUCUCAGGUGCCAACAAGGUAUUGAGGUUCGCAGUUCCCUUGAAGGCCAGGAAGGGUCCGCUGAUCCUAGCUGGAUUGCAGGAGGUUGUCACCGAAUGCAAUCGACUAGGCUAUCCCGUGAAAAUAGUUCACACAGACCGGGCCAAGGAACUGAUGUCCAAGGCUACCAUGGACUGGUUGCAGUCAAACCUCAUCCAGCCUUCCUUCACCCAAGGUCUUGGAGUGGAACAGUGGCCUUCAGCAAUGGCGUUUGCGUGCGCAGAGCACCGUCGUGCCUAUUUGGUAGCCAAGAAUGUACGCUGUGUGGAAGAUAUGGUGGAUCCUGAAGCUGAGUUUGGGAAAGAAGAGAUCGUGGAAGUAGAUCCACCGGCGUUCGCGGAGAAUCUGUUGCAGGAACAGCUCUUUACCUCCGAUCAUUGUGGGUACUUGAAUGAGUAUUUGCGCCGGUGCUCUUCCAAUGAGCUUGCCGAAAAUGAAUGGUCGUCGCUCAUGGUUGUUGUUGCCGACGAGGUGGCCAUGCACCGGGAUGUGAGGAACGAGCCAGGACGCUCAAGGGCGAACACACAAGGGAUACCUGCUCCCUUUGACGCAGGCUACAACAGUGUUCGCAGAGCAGCUAUGUUGGUGAGAUACGCUAGAAUGACGGGAGAAGAAUGGGCGGAGCUGUGUCAGCUUGAGGAGGAGGAGUUUGAACGGCGAAUGGGCCGUUGGCAGCGCGUGCUCGGGGGUCAGGAUGAAGACCCUAACAUGAACUCGUUGUCAGCUUCCAUACCUCAUCACCUGUUCAUGCAAACGGUGUUUCGACAGAGGAACUGGAAUCGGAACCCGGAGGUGGUGGUGCCGGGAGCCGGGGGAGAGCCACGUCUACUUGCACGUGUAAUGGACUUCGCAGACGACGGGCCAACAGAAGAGUCACCGUUCCCCGAUCGCAUGCUUAUGUUUUCGGUACAUGAUGUGAUCAGAGAUGUCCUCGAAAUGGUGAUCCUACGUGUUGAGGCCAGACCCCCGCCGCAGGAGCCACGGGUUCAGGAGGAGAUUGGUCCUGUGUUGCAGCCACCCGGGCCAGCCCCGCCAGAAGUGCGUGCGGUCAAAAAGGUCAUUCCAGAAGCAGCCAGGUUCUCUGAGGCACCUGCAAGGUUACCGAUAUCGUUGCCCAAUCCUGCAUACAUCAAGGUCGCUCCGGUGCAACCUGUCAGGUGUGAGGAUUUAGCAGCAGCGGUGCGCAAGGCAGAGGCAGCCACUACCAAGGACCUGGAGGGAUUGCUGGGUCAGCUUCAGGAGCCGCUAAGUGUUACUCACACUGCGUCGCAGGAGGAGGUGCGUGCCCAUCUUGAACGGUGGAGACCAGCCAUUGAAAAGGAGUUGGGGUCUUUGAAAAAACAGGGUGUGCUUGUGAGUCACUACGGCAACGAGGCCCAGGAGCUGAUGGCAAACUCGGAGACUUCGGUUAUUUCCUUGAAGGGCGUCUUCACAGUGAAGGCCCCAGGGGGGCCCGAUGAUGGCUUGUUCAAGCGCAAGUGCAGGUUGGUAGGAUGUGGCAACCAGGCAACGCAUGUAGAUGCAGAUUCUCUCUACGCGGCUGGAGCACCGGCCGAGGUAGUGAGAGUUGCUCUCACGGAGGCAUGCAGUCACCAGUGGUCAGCCUUCACAACUGACAUCAAAUCAGCAUUUACCCAAACGCCAAUCCCGCCUUAUGCAGCACGACGGUACCUUCUACGACCACCACGUUGGUUGAUCGACCUAGGCCUGGCUGUUCCCGGAGAGUAUUACUCCCUGGGAAUGGUUUUGUACGGCUUCAAAGAAGCCCCGGCUUGGUGGUCUGAUCACCGUGACAGCAAGUUGCGAGGUGCAAAGUUUCAAGGCUGUCAUCUGGAGCAGGCAAAGUCGGACUCGUCGGUCUGGAGGAUACAACAAGGGAGUCACCUGAAAGGUUAUUUGAUAACCUAUGUGGACGACUUCUUGAUCCUCAGCGACCGGGGAACCGCGGAGGGACUGCAUCAGUGGCUCCUUGAUGGUGCUGGCUGGGAGACAGAUGGUCUGAGUGAAGCUCGUGAGGGGCAGCCAGUGAGGUUCUUAGGGAUGCAACUUCAAGGGUAUGAGGACGGUCACUUCAGUCUGGACCAGGAGGCUUAUGUGGACGAGCUGGUGAGGGCUUAUCAGUUGAAUGAUACUCAUCGGUCCAAGAUUGUGUGCCCCACAGAGAUCCUGAUGCGGGACUCAGAUGUGGUUCAACCAUUCGACGAGGAGGCCAUCAAAGCAGCUCAGAAGGUGGCUGGGGAGUGUCUUUGGUUGUCGCAGAGAACGAGAAUCGACAUAGCGUUCUCAACCACGGUGCUUUGUUCCAAGGUGUCAAAGGAUCCGCAUGGCGCCAUUGAGAUCGGGAGGCGCAUCAUCCACUACUUGCAUCAAACCAAGGACUUCAAGCUUCACUUGAAGCCCGUGAAGGGUGUUGCUCCCCUAAGAGUGUUCACUGAUGCAUCGUUUGCCCCGCUGGGGCAGCAUUCCUACGGGGGACACGUGGUGGAAGUCAAAGGUGUUCCAGCCCUAUGGAAGGCAUCGAGACAGCAGUUGAUCUCUCUGAGUUCUUCGGAGGCGGAACUCAUACAAGCGGUAGAGGGAUGCAUGUACGCGGAGUCGCUCAUGACCAUUUUGGUCGAUCUCGGGAUUCAGUGCGAAGCUGCCGAGCUUUGCCUCGAUAAUACAGCCGCGAUAGCCUUCGUGAAUGGGUCUGGAAGUCAGCGUACGAGACAUCUCAAGGUCAGGGGCUACAAGAUACGGCAACUGAUUCAGUCAGGAGGUGAGGCAACCGCCGUUGUGACGCCCAGGUGCUGUGGUGAGCUGACAGAUGACAGUGAUGACAAAGGCCGCAGGGGCACCGUGCAGGCGUCGACAACCCAACGAACCGCAGAUCCGAGCGGUGUCUGUUGA